GCCUUAUCUAAACCGGUAAAUUAUUGUUUAAAAAUUCAUAUGCAGCACAUUUAAAACACAUAUAAUGAUACAUACAUAAAAACAUUGUUCUCACAGUUUCUGACUCAAUUAAAAUUGAUUAAAACAAUUGCCCAAAAUCAAUUAAAGUAUCAGUUUGUUUUCAACUUCUAAAUUAGCUGAUGUCAUAUUAAUUGAGAUAUGUAUCGCACAGAUUUAUCAAAGACAAGAAGCAACACACUUUGUCAGUCAGUCCAAAUCAAAAACUAACCUUGGGUAAAGGUACCUUCAUGCACAAUCCAUCAAAGAAAACCGUAUUUUACCUGCAUGUAAGCAAUUGUGGAAUAGUGUAGUUCGGCCUGACGUCAACGAUGUUUGAAGACACCCUACCGCAAGUUUUCGCCGUUCUUGUGUGCACCCUGAGUGCUAUCUCGGAUGGCAUGCAGUACGGCUGGUCAGCACCGAUCAUUCCAAUGCUGAAAUCCGCGGACAGCCCCAUACGGAUCACAGAAACGGAAGAAGGUUACCUGGAACUCAUCUACCUGCUCGGCGGUAUUGCCGGACUUCCCAUCACGAUGCUUCUGGUGGACCGAGUCGGCCGCAAAGGGACCCUAGUGUGCGCCGCAUGCUCCAGUCUUACAGGUUGGAUUCUAACAGCCGCUGCGAGUCAAGUAGAAUACUUUUACGUGGCGAGGUUUUGCACUGGAUUGGCGGCAGAUGUCGCGUUUGUGUCCGCACCUAUGUAUGUUGCUGAGAUUGCCGACAAAAAAAUACGUGGUUUUCUUGCUGGCGUCAUUUCAAUAAUGCUUUUAAUUGGAGUAAUCCUCAUCUACACCAUAGCACCAUUGGUGCCCAUAUAUGCAUCGGCCAUUAUAGGAGCCUGCGUUCUAGUCAUACAACUUAUAUUAUUUAAUUUUGUGCCUGAAUCGCCCUAUUAUCUUCUCGCCAAAAAUCGCAGGGAAGAUGCUGAAAAGGCUCUUAGAAAAUUGCGUUCAAAUAUCAACAUCGAGAAAGAGUUGGAAGAAAUUAUCACAGCUGUCCAACGUCAAAGAUCGCAAAAAAGCAGACCAACAGACUUGAUCCGUGUUAAAAGCAAUCGCAAAGGUCUAAUAAUUAUGACUGUUCUCAACGCGUCCCAACAUUUCAGUAGUAUAAGCGUGAUGAUUAUGAAUCUCCAUUCCAUUCUAGAAGCCGGAAAUUCCGUUUACAUUAAACCUCUACCUACUGGCAUCAUAUUUUCUGCUGUGAUGUUGGCAGCUGCCAUAGCAUCAGGGUUCCUCAUGGAUAAAUUUGGAAGAAAAAUACUACUCACAAGUUCCUGCUUAUCAGCUGGUCUAUCAUUGCUCGUCUUGGCUAUAUACUUUACACUGAAAAAAUCUGGAGUUGAUGUAGCCGGUAUAUCAUGGCUUCCUAUUGUGUCCGUGAUGGUGUACGCAGCCGUAUUCAGGUUCGGUUUGGGUAUGGUGCCUUUAGUUCUAACAUCAGAACUGUUCCCUGCUAACGUUAAAGCUAUUGGUAUGACUAUUUCUGAUGCCAUGUACUUAAUAUUCGCGCUAAUUUCAGUAAAUUUGUAUCACUUUUUGGGAAAACAUUACGGACUUGAUGUGCCUUUUUAUAUUUUUGCUGGGUCUUGUCUGUUUACUGCUACGUUUUGUGUUUUGUAUAUCCCUGAGACGAAGGGCAAGACUUUGGACGAAAUUCAGUUUAUUUUAAAAGGAGAGCCGUAUCCUGGAAAAGAAAUGACUGAGUUGCAAAAAAUGAACGUGCCAGAAGAUCAAACUGAUGUUGCGUAAUUGUGAUUUUCUUUACCUUAUAUGUAAGGUAUUUACCUACUUUUUUAGUUUUUAAUAUGACAUUGUAUUAAUUAAGACAGGAAUAUUAUACAUAGCAGUGCUAUAAAUUACAUGACUUUUUUUAAAAUACAAAUAGGUACACAUUUACUUACUUAAUAUAGAUUUUGUAUACAAUAUGAUAAUAUAUAAGUUUCUAAAUUAAUAAAAUAUUUCUUUAUUUUUAAUAA